CUCCUCCCCCUUUAGUCUCAUUUCAUUUUCCCCGUCCAAAUGUCUCGUAGAGUAUCGUGUAUCGUGUUGAUGGUUAUUAGUGUGGAGAAGUGUAAAAUACAGCCGGUAGAACAUCUAGUACUCUCGCGCUGAGAGGGCGGGCUCAUUCCCCUUUAAGCCGCCAGGCACAGGUUGUAUUCGCCGGUAAGACAAACUGAAGUUGCAUACGGACGGAUAUAUGGUCAAACACAUGAGAGGAACGAGCAACAAAAGGGAAAUAUUGGGAACACGGGUAUGUAUGAGUGGAGAGAUGUCAUCUUUAGAGGAUAUCUUUUCCACUAACCAGUGCCCAACUGAUGUCUUUACCUCCCGAGGCACCGAUGUCACUCUAAACGGUGACCGUGGAGUAUGUAAGGUUGUGAAACAGCAUGGUGUGGAAGGGGAAAAGCCGAUGAUUGGGGACAGGGUGUACGUCCACUACACUGGCAGACUCCUAAAUGGCAAGAAGUUUGACUCCAGUCUAGACCGCAAAGAGCCUUUUGUUUUCAAUGUGGGAAAAGGUCAGGUCAUCAAGGCGUGGGACAUUGGUGUUUGUUCCAUGCUGAAAGGAGAGGUGUGCUUGAUGCUCUGUAAGCCUGAAUAUGCAUACGGUUCAUCUGGCAGCCCCCCAAAGGUUCCUCCCAAUGCCACACUUGUGUUUGAGAUUGAGCUGCUGAGCUUCAGAGGGGAGGAGCUUACAGAAGAUGGUGGGAUUGUGAGGAGAAUAAAGGUCAAAGGCGAAGGCUAUUACAAUCCUAAUGAAGGGGCCACAGUACAUGUACACUUGGAGGGGAGGUGUGGAGGUCGCUUAUUUGAUUCUCGAGAUGUCACCUUUGUAGUGGGUGAAUCAGAGGACGUGGGUGUUCCUUUAGGAGUGGACAGGGCCAUGGAGAAAAUCCAAAAAGGGGAAUGCUGUUUAUUAUACCUAAAGCCCAAAUACGGUUAUGGCAAAGAGGGUAAAAAAGAAUAUGACAUUGGAUCAAAUGCAGAACUACUAUAUGAAGUAACACUGAAAGACUUUGAAAAGGUGAGAUAUUUCAUUUUUCGACCCAAAAUGUUCAUUCCAAAAGCUUUUUGUUGUUCAGAAUACAGCGGGGUCCAGAAAUCAAAGUCCACUAAUAUUACUUGAUACAAUCCAUUACCAUUAUAUAUAGCAUCCAUUAUUUUUCCAUUACAAGUUUUUUAUAUUGCAUUACAAGUAUAUUGAACAUCUGACUUUGUACAAAGGA